CGAAAACGACCCCAUGCACCGUGUCGAGUGCACGUUUACGUUAUUGAUUCCAUACCACAUCCCAACCCCGGGCUCGCUAGCGUACAACCUCCAGAGAUUGUCGUGACAACCGCGAGCCGUUUUACACAUUUCGAAACUCGGGCUGCCGCUCAGUCGCGUGAGCGACAGGCCCAGGGCCGCCAAUUCUCGUUCCCCGCCAUGCUCGGGCAAACCAUCGCCAGCGCCCUCAUGGGCCUUGCCAAGAGGGAAGAAGAAGACCCGGCCGGGGAGGACGCCCCGAAGCAGGAGAACAAUGCGUCGUGGGCCAUCUUCAUACUGCUCAUGCUGCUCAUUGUGGCAUUCUGUACGAGCUACACCAUGCAGCAGCGCAAGAUCACGGCCAUCCACGAGACCGUCAUCUCCAUCUUUGGCGGCAUGACGGUGGGCCUGAUCCUCCGUGUCUCGGGCUUCGACUCGAUCCGUGACCUCGUCAACUUCAAUUACCAGUACUUCUUCAACCUCCUCCUGCCGCCCAUCAUCCUCUCGUCCGGCUACGAGCUCCACCAGGCCAACUUCUUCCGCAACAUCGGCACCAUCCUGACCUUCGCCUUUGCCGGAACCUUCAUCUCGGCCGUCGGUAUCGGCGUGCUCCUGUGGCUCUACACGGCCAUCUCCCUCGAGGGCCUCGAUGUUUCCUUCAUCGACGCAAUCUCGGUCGGCGCCACCCUGUCGGCCACCGAUCCCGUCACCAUCCUGGCCAUCUUCAACACCUUCAAGGUCGACCCCAAGCUCUACACCAUCAUCUUUGGCGAAUCGAUCCUCAACGAUGCCGUCGCCAUUGUCAUCUUCGAGUCGGCCCAGAGUGCGGCCACCAAGGGCGGAGGCAUUGGCAUCUGGAGCGCCCUCCACGGCAUCUGGUACUUCUUGUCCGAGUUCUUUGGCAGCUUGUCCAUCGGCGCCCUUGUGGGUGUCCUGACCGCCCUGGGGCUGAAGUACACCUACGUUAGACGGUACCCCAACAUCGAGAGCUCGCUGGUGGUGCUGAUCGCAUAUGCAACCUAUUUUUUUGCCCAGGCCAUCGGAAUGUCCGGCAUCGUCGCCCUCCUCUUCUGCGGCAUCACGCUCAAGCACUACGCAUACUUCAACAUGUCGCGCCGCACGCAGCUCACCACCAAGUACUUUUUCCAAGUUACCGCCCAACUCUCCGAAAACUUCAUCUUCAUCUACCUCGGCCUGGCCCUCUUUACCGAGAAGAACCUCGUCUACCAGCCCCUCCUGAUCAUCGUGACGGUCCUUGCCGUCUGCGCCGCUCGGUGGCUGGCCGUCUUCCCCCUCUCCAGGGCCAUCAACUGGUUCAUCCGCUACCGCGCCCGCCGCCAGGGUCGCGAGGUCGCCGACGAGCUGCCGUACAGCUACCAAGCGAUGCUCUUCUGGGCCGGCCUGCGCGGCGCCGUCGGCGUCGCCCUCUCGGCCCUCUUCACCGCCAAGGAGACGCAGGCCCUGCAGGCCACGGUGCUGGUCGUCGUCGUGCUGACCGUCAUCAUCUUUGGCGGCACCACGGCCCGCAUGCUCGAGAUCCUGGGCAUCCGCACGGGCGUGACGGAGGACGUCGAUUCGGACGACGAGUUCGACAUCGAGGCCAUCGGCGGCGGCCUGUACAAGCGCUCGGACGACUCGGCCAUCGGGUACAACGCGCGCUCUCGCAACCGCGGGUCGACCGUGCCGCUGAGCACAGUCCACGCCGACACGGGCAGGAACGGGCGCGCGGGCGGCAGCAGCGCGAGCGGCGACAGGGGCGCCGGCGGGUGGGCGUCCGGGCACAGGUCGCCCAACACGGCGCCGGUCGCGCGUCAGGCCGGCAGCAGCCGCAGCCGCAACAAGGGCCAGAAGGGCAACGGCGACGACUACGAGAGGUCCGAGCUGCUGGGCACGCCCUCGUCGGGCCGCGACACCGACUCGGAAUUCGGGAGCGACAUCGACAUCUCGGACCUGCCCCCGCCCGCGCCCGCGCCCGCGCCGAGGGCCCGGUCUCCGAUGCUCGCGCCUCCGGGCGGAGCUCAUCACGAGGGCGGACCCGGAAGCAACAGCAGCAGCAACAGCAGUAGUAGUAGUAGUAGCACCCGGCAGAGCGGCCCGGGCGAGGGGGGGAGUAGUCAGCAGCAGACGCCACUCACGGCGACGGCCGCGAUCCGGCAGCUGUUCCGUACCGAGGACCCGACGGCGCUGCUCAGGCAGCUGGAUGAGGACUUUAUCAAGCCGCAUUUGCUGCUGGAUGGAGCAGCGGGAAGGGGCGGAGGGAAUGGGUCUCAUUGAGAGCGGGCUUGGUUCUUGGUUUUUUUUUUUUUUUUUUUCAGGUCUGUGUUUUUGUACCGUACUCGUGUAGAUGACCAUUACUUUUUUAUAUCUUGCUCUUCUUCCCCCCCUUUUUUUUGCCCUUUGCCCUUUUCUUUGGUCUUAUUUGGGUUCAGGUAGUCCUCUACUGUCCUGCACUAUACUUGCAUACACGGGCUGCCA